GUUUUAUUGAGUUUUGCAUUUAUAAAUAAGUAAAAAUAGAAAGUAUAAUUAUUGUAAUAUAAUUUUUAUACGUCUUACUUCUUGCUUUAUUUCAUACCAUGGAAAUAACUCGAAAAAAUUUUAAGGAGUCCUUGCCCUUGGUAGAAGAUUCUAUAAACAAAGCUGACUUUCUAGUGAUAGAUACAGAGUUUACCGGCCUGUCGAAAGGCCGAGAUGUGUCUAUAUUCGACACUCCUCAGGAGUAUUACUUGACGCUUCUAAAUGGAUCGUCCGAGUUUCUGUUGAUUCAGUUCGGCCUGUGCGCCUUCGUCUGGGACGAAGACAAGCAGCAUUACAUGAAUGAAGCCUAUAAUUUCUACUUAUUUCCUAGAGGACGACCGGGCCCAGAAAAAAUAUUUUUAUGUCAAAGUUCCAGCUUAGACUUUUUGGCGGCUCAGGGAUUUGACUUCAAUAAAUUAAUAAGAGAAGGUAUAUCAUAUAUGACUGAACCAAUGGAAACAAAGCUAAGGGAAAACUUGACUGAGAGACAGAAAUCAUAUUCAGUAGAAAAGGAUGUAAUCACUAUUCCAGAAGAGAAUAAAAGUCAAAUAGAUACUAUUUGCCAAAACAUACGAAAGUUUAUAGACAAAAAGGAGGAAGAUUCCAUGGAAAUUGAUAGAUGCAAUGCUUUCAUUCGUCGUUUAGUCUUCCAAGAAGUGCGCUUGAGAUUUAAGGAUGAAGUGUUUGUUGAAAGUAUAGUGUUAGAAAAUAAGAAUAGAGUGUUAAAAGUAAGCAGAAUCACAUCAUCAGCAGAUGUCAAAGAUAAGGAUAAUCUAAAAAAAGAAAAAGAAUGGGAAGAGUUUGAAGAGGCUGUUGGUUUCUCAAAAGUGGCAAGAAUGAUAAGUCAAUCAGAGAAAUUGGUGAUUGGCCACAACAUGGUGUUGGAUGUGCUUCACACUUUGAAUCAUUUUUUCCAACCUCUGCCAUCAGACUAUCCAACCUUUAAGGAGUUUGCUCACUGUAUGUUCCCUAGGUUGUUAGACACAAAGUACAUGUCCAGUCUGCCUCCGUUCAAGGACAAGGUGAACUCCAGUGUGCUGCCACACCUGCUGCUCACACUCUCCGAGCCACCCUUUUCGCUGCCUGUGGCUGAUUGUGUUGACGGGCGCGGCUACAAACAAAAAGACGAGAAGGCGCACGAGGCGGGCUACGACGCCUACAUUACCGGGCUGUGCUUCCUCGCGAUGCACGCGCACCUAGCACGAGGCUCGCGCGUGGCGGACGCCGCGGUGCGCCCCUACCUCAACAAGCUGUACCUCGCGCGGACGGCGCACCAGGACUCGCCCUACAUCAACCUGGCCGGCCCUGACCCUUCCCCGUCCCGCGACCACGUGUUCCACCUGACCUUCCCCAAGGAGUGGCAGAGGAAUGAUCUCAACCAGCUGUUCAGCGCUUACGGUCAAAUCACGGUGCAGUUCCUGGACGACACGUCGGCGCUGGUGGCGCUGUCGCGGCGCGACCUCGCCAAGUCUGUCGCCCGCGCCUUCGCCCACAACAAGCGCGUGCAGCUGCAGCCCUACUACAUCUACAAGGGACACAACAAGAUGGCGAGUCAGGAGCGGCGCGAGGACAGCUGGGUGGGCCGCGACAAACUAGUAAGCAGGACCCCUGAACAAGUCGCUAGGACCACACCGGCAGCAAAGAGCACCAACGGCACUCCGACCACUCCCGAGGUGAAGCGGCCGCGGUCCAACAGCUCCGGCGCGGUGCCAACGCGCAAGAGGACUUCCUCCGGCGUCUUCCAGGUGGAAGAGAGCGAACCUCCGCCCAAGAGGACUGAGGCGGCUCGAUCGCGCUCCGAGGAGGGCAGAAAAACACCAGAAGAGGUCAAUGGCCGAAAAGAGGUUCCAGCAAAGAGUGAGAAAGAAGUAGCAAAGAGGGAGAAGAAGAUAUCGAAGAGCGAGAUGGAAAUAGCGAAGAGUAUCGAGAAGAAAGCGAUAGAAGUAUUCGAGGCGAGCAACACGCAGUGCGUCGCUGCGUUCCAAGAGAGCGACAGUUGGGAUUAGAUCAAUAAAUGAUUCGACUA